GUUUUUGCUUGAAGGUAGUUAGAAAACAUAGAUUCCAGUCGGAGCUGUGUAGUAGGUCAGUGAGUCCUAGCCUUAUCAGGACGUCCGUAUUCAAAUUCACCUGUGAGUAUUUAUUUCAGUACACCUCUUUCUUUGUUGUUGCACUCUCAACUAGUUGUCUGUAAGCUUAGUGGUCAAUUAACUGGGUUGACUCCGUAAGCUAAGGGUUCAUUUUCUAUUGGUCCGUUACCAGGUCGUACUUCAGCUGGUAGAUGAUUUUUAAGUUUAAGAAUUACGAGACUAUAGGGGAAAAAAACCCACCAAUCAAAUAGCUGACUUACAGACUGACUCACUUACUUACUCACUGUCUGACUCACUGACUGUCUGACUGACUCACUGACUCACUGAAUGACUUACUGACUGACAUACUGUCUGACUGACUGACUGACUGACUGACUGACUCACUGACUGACUGACUGACUCACUGACUGACUCACUCACUGACUGACUGACUCACUCACUGACUCACUGACUGACUCACUGAAUAACUUACUGACUGACUCACUGACUGACUCACUGUCUGACUGACUGACUGACUGACUGACUGACUGACUCACUGACUCACUCACUGACUCACUCACUGACUGACUGACUGACUCACUGACUGACUCAUCGACUGACCCACGUCGUUUAAGAUUUUUGUCUAGGACCCAGAUAAACCAUCGUGUAAUCUUGUGCAUUAAAAAAACCCAAAAACCCCUGUAGAUAAGAUUCAGUCUCUGAACACAGCACAGCGUCUUCUGUUUUAACCUUGUUUCUGACCUGCAUGCUGUACAGCUUCGACAGUGUUGAUUGAACAACGACGCAUUCUAAAACUGUGUCUACACACGCGGUCUAUUCAUUACUUUCUGUAUCAUUACAACGCAGGAAUUUUGUACAGUGUAAAGAAAAAAAAGCAACAGCUAAAAUGCAACAACAAAAAAAAAAACACACACAAAAACAAACAAACAAACAAUAAAACCAUCCAACAACAUUUUAGUUGGAAAGACCAAUAAAAAAAAAAGCGAAAUAUUUCAGAUAUUUAGAUUCAAGUUGAAAUUAUUAAAACAUAAUUACUUAAAUAAUCAUGAAGUACAGAAAAUUUCAUUAUAAUAAUAGCUUGUGAGGUUAUGUUGUUUGUCAUUCACACGGAAAAAAUGACCUAGGCAAUUAUCAACUUGAGUAGUACCAUUGGCUUGAGCAGUAUUUUGUUUAAUCGUGCGGGGGCGUUGCUUAAUUCCUCAGCCUCACUCUCUCGUCCUUGGCUAAUCGAUCCCAUGGCAAGACUGGAACUAUGAUGGAUGCAGUUUCUUCUGUCUCACUCUGCUCUUCAUGCGUUCUGCGCCGCAGGAUUUGGCGGAAUUUUCAUCGCGUCCAUGUCAUACCGCCUACGGAACUCCAUCGCCGCGUUUCAGAUUUCGCCUUCUCUUAGAUGAGUUGCCAGCCCUGGUUAACGCGUCCCACCCACCCACCCGGGUGAUGGUGAAGUUUGUGUGUGCGUGUGUCUGUGUGGGCUUGUCUGGGUGUUUUCUAGACUCCGGUCCAAUAGCUUUGGAUCGACUCAGUUGACAUGUGUACUGAACCGUUUCAUGAGGUGAGAGCAGGAAUCUACGACAGGUAUUGAAAAGACAUCAUGUAUGAAGUAACGCCUUACUUAAUUCGGACUACUUUUGUCAUGGGAACCUGGAUGAUCGCUCAAGCUCAGGAGCACCCGCCUCAUCCAUUUCCUGUUGGGGAUCUGUAUCUUCAUCCAUGUCAUGUCUAUAAAAGUCCUCAUCGAUUCAUGUUUAAUAUAAUCAACCUCAUCAAUAUUAUGUCUUCGAAUGUCACCCUUAUCCAUUUCCCGUUUAAACUGACAUCUGCCAAACCAGCAAGUACCGGUUCGGUUAAAUAGUCAAAAUUUAACAACCGGUUCGGUUGAAUGGUCAAAAUUUAACAACUAGUUCGGUUGAAUAGUCAAAAUGUAACAACUGGUUCGCCUGGACCUAUUCGGUUCCAGCACAUCGCUGUUCUGACGUCUGGAUUUUUUAAAAAAAAUCAUAAAAUUAUAUUUGCCCAUGGAUAAUAUGUUCCCUCAUAUCCCCAGGGGAACAAAUUGCCUGCAAUUCUCUUUCCCCCUUUUAGGUAUGACGCAAUGGGACUUCUCUACGCCGUCUUGAUUCUACUCCCGGCCUUGACCUUUGCCCUCGAGGAAUUAAAGCCCUUCAACGAUACGGCUAUGGCCUUCUUCCUGAUAGCGGACGCCGACAUGGAUGGCUUCAUUGACAAGAAAGAAAACUUCAAUUCAUUCAGUGUGAGUCCUGUAUAACCAUGCACUUGCACAGCUGGGAUAAUUUAUAUUAAUUUUAAGAAACAAAAAAUGCGUAAAUCUAUAUGCUAAAAUGUCACUGUUUGUGGGGUUAACCUCAGAACCAAAUUCAGAGACUCCAAAAGAUAGAAAAUACUGCAGCAUGCAUUGUAUCGUGGAUGAAAAAAUCUGUCCACAUCACCCCAGUUCUACGAGAUCUCCAUUGGGUUCCUUUGAGUGAGCUCAUUAAAUACAAAAUUAUGUACCUGGUAUACAGCUGCAUAGAUGGCUCAGCACCGGGAUGUCUCAAGGAACUGAUUUAUAAACGUGUACCAUUGAAGAGCCUGCGGUCUUCAUCACGUUACUUACUGAUUGUUCCUAGCGUGGAUGAACACAGAAAAAUGUCUUACGGAGUGCGCUCUUUUGAAGCGAUAGCGCCAAAAUUAUGGAACAGUUUCACUCAAUCUUUGAGGGGAAUCGUAAAUGAUAAAAAAUCAUUUAAGAAAAAAAAAUUAAAAACUUUGCUUUUGUUUAAAUAGAUUUCGGACGACCAGAGCGCAGUGAGCAUGCUAAAGGAGCAUGGAUACCAGCGCGAUAUAAAUAUCAUAUCAAUCAAUCAAUCACAAGCGCAAACAGAUGGCGCUGAUUUCACGUAAUGAAAGAAAAGGAAAACUCUGCUUAGUGAGCUUUUUGAAGUGCACUUUGGUGCGUAAUAUUUUAUUUUGUUUUGCAGAAAUAGUUGGUGUAAAACUUUAUUUUAGUAGAUUAGUAGAUAGAAGUUCACGUAUGGCGGCUGCCAUUGUUGUAUGCCUUCUGAGAGGCUUCAUCGUACCGUUUCAUAGUGUCGAUAAAAAAAAUCAAAUUCCAAUAAUCAAUGUUUGUGUUUUUGGUUUAGAAAAUUAUGGACGAAGAAAUUUAAAAAAGAUAUUCAUUUGUUGUUUUGCAAAAAUUGCAUUAGUUGUUGUCUUUUUUUCUCUCUUUCUUUUGUGCUUAAAGAGUUAAAAUUAGAAGGAUUUUUUAAAAUUUUAAAUUAUCUUUGAAUUUAAUUUUGUCUACAUUCAUCUACUGUUCUAUCGUAUUUAAUAUGAAAAAAAAAAAGAAUAAAACAUUAUAGGAACGCAUAGGACCCGUUUCGAUUGUUGACCCCUUUCUGUGAAUAUUAGGUCAAUAUUGCUGUUCAGUAACUUUGUUGUAGCGGAAAAAGUAAAGCUUAAUCAAGUACAUUGUUAAAAAAUACGGGAAGCACUGUUUUUAAAAAUAUUUUUUUUACUGGGUGAAGGGUGGGUUACAUUUCCCUCAAACCGUCUUGAUUUAGUCCAUUCCCUAUAGAAUCCCUAGCUAUCCCCAAACCUGACCACUGUCUUUAUUUUACCACGCGUCCUCUGCACCCAGGAGUACGACGGAGACAGCGACGGGGUCACGACGCGACAAGAGUACACCGAUCACGUGAUCGAAUUCUCCCCCACCUUGCUGGCGGUGUCGUUGGCGCUGUUCUCGCUGUACGACGCGGACGACGACGGCCAGCUGAAGAAGAACGACUUUGAUCACUUCUACUCUCUGAUGGACGGCAACGGCGAUGGUCAGCUGACCCAGUGGGAGUAUGUCCAGUAGGUUGGGAGUAUGUCCAGUAGGUUGGGAGUAUGUCCAGUACGUUUGUGAGUGUGUCCAGUAGGUUGGGAGUAUGUCCAGUAUGUUUGGGAGUGUUUUCAGUAGGUUGGGAGUAUGUCCAGUACGUUUGUGAGUGUGUCCAGUAGGUUGGGAGUAUGUCCAGUAUGUUUGGGAGUGUUUUCAGUAGGUUGGGAGUAUGUCCAGUAUGUUUGUGAGUGUGUUCAGUAGGUUGGGAGUAUGUCCAGUAUGUUUGGGAGUGUGUCCAGUAAGUUGGGAGUAUGUCCAGUCAGUUUGGGAAUGUGUCCAGUAGGUUUGUGAGUAUGUCCAGUAGGUUUGGCAGUAUGUCCAGUAGGUUUGGGAGUAUGUCGAGUAGAUUAGGAGGAUGUCCAGUAAGUUGAGAGUAUGUCCAGUUGGUCGGAUAAAUGUCCAGUUGGUGGGAGUUUGUCCAGUAGGUUUAAGAGUAUGUCUAGUAGGUUGUUUGUUUUUAACUAAGAAGUUAGUUCACGUUAAAAAAUGAAGGACUGCGUUCAGGCCGUGCGAAGGGAAUAGUAGAUCAAAGUAUGGAGAAGCUUGAAUCCAAAGACAGGACAAUAAGAGAAGAACGUGUCGGCUAAAAGCCUUCUUUAGAAGACAGGAAAAAUGAAAAUACGACAAGAAAUAGAAACUAGUUCUGUUUAUUCGACCAUAAAUAUUCAAGUGUUGCGGACUGGCAAAGUAAGGCUCGCGGACCGACGACGGUCUGCGGACCACCAUUUGAGAAAUACUGCUCUAUUUUAACAACGAUGUGUUUCUAUUUGAAUUGAUGCAACACUUACCGUCGAGAGUUUGACGUCGUCUGCGGGUGGUGAUUUUAAUUCCUUGUGUGAUGUCUACUUUCUCUUUCAGGUAUUGGAUUGAUUUGUUUGAACUCAUGGAACAAAAGAUGAAUGACUGACAACACCACUUGAAUCUUCUGAAUGACUGACAACACCACUUGAAUCUUCUGAACGCCUUGACCCACCUCAGCAUCACUUUAAUAGUCUGAACGCCCUGUCCCACCCAACACCACCUGAAUCUUCUGAAUCCCUUGACCCACCUCAACACCACCUGAACCUUCUGAACGCCUUCACCCACCUCAACAUCACCUGAACCUUUUUAACGCCUUGACCCACCUCAACAUCACCUGAACCUUUUGAACGCAUUGACCCACCUCAACAUCACUUUAAUAGUCUGAACGCCUUGCCCCACCCAACACCACCUGAAUCUUCUGAAUCCCUUGACGCACCUCAACAUUACCUGAAUCUUCUGAACGCCUCAACCCACCUCAACACCACUUGAAUCUUCUAAACGCCUUGACCCACUUCAACCCCACUUGAAUCUUCUGAACAUCAUGACCCACCUCAACACCACUUGAAACUUCUGAACGCCUUUUCCCCACCCCAUCACCACUGGAAUCUUCUGAACACCUUGAUCCAUCUCAACACCACUUGAAUCUUUUGAACAUUACGACCCAUCUCAACACUGCUUGAGCCUUUUACCCCCUCCCCCCCCUGACUUGUCUCCAAAACCAUAAAAGAAGUUUUCAGAUCAUGUUGGGAUAAAAACUACUUUCAAAUUGUUUUAUAAAAAAAUGUAAUUCGAUAAAAUAAAUAUUCAG